AUGCGAAAGGGGCAUGUUUGGUGGUUCACUGGCGUGGUAGGCGCCCAAGCUGGCGCUGUGGGCACGUGCCUGGCCGGGCCUGGAGAUCGCCUGCCACCGGAAGAGGCCUUGAAACGACAGAGGGACGCUGCAGCCGCUCUGGAUGCGGAGGUGUUCUUCUUGCUGACGCUGAAGGUGCGCCCAGAGCGUCCGGAGACGGGGCCGCCAGAGGCCCACUGGGCCAAGAAGGUCUACUAUGUCUACGAUGGCCGAGGGCGAGAGGCAUUGCUGUUUGAUCACCUGCACUUUGCUCAGAACAGCUCUGCCCUCAAGGAGUACGAAGAGAUCCCCGGCAACUUCCUCGCACCUUUGGCGGCGACCCUCAAUGGUCGCAAUGCGUUUCACCUGCGGAAUUUGUGGCAAUGCUUUGAGAUCCUGGUGGCAGAGGAAUCUGCCCGCGGUGAGCGCUACAAGUACUGGAGCUUUUCUCGCCUGGACUGGUAUUGGUUGGCUCCACCUCCCCGGUUGGAGCUUUUCAUCGAAGCUGAUCCAAGAGCUCUCUGGAUCCCAGAUGGUUCUGACUGGGAUGGCAUCAAUGACCGUUUUGCACUAGUGCCUCGGCGCUUUGGGCACAUCUACUUUGGCAGAUGGCCCUGGAUCCUGAAUGGCUCCUACCUCCAGAUGAUGAAAAACGCAGCUCCUUUAAACUUUGAACUCUCACCCAAGUUCUUUGGAGGCCCCGAGUGGUCCCUUUUGGCCGCCCUCAACUACCGUCGGGUGCCCGUGCGGCGCUUCACGCCCACCGGGGCGGUGCUGUGCCUCAACAGCCGCCGAGCGCGCUACGGGCGCUGCACGCGGCCACGGGUGGCCGGGGAGCCAUCCUUCAAGUACAGCUCUGAGGCAAGUGAAGCACGAACAGCUUUGUCGCGCAUGGCGCUGGGGUGGACUUGGCACUUCGCUCCUCCGCCUCUCUUCGAGCCACCCUGCUUUGAAGAGCCUGAAGACCAGUUGCAGUGCUGCAACCACAGGAGGGCCCGGGGAAUGAAGCUGAUCUGUAAGGGGUUGUUGGUCGUUGCUUUUUCAGCCGUCCUGCUGCAAAGACGCAGCUACACGCUGAGGUCACCUGGAUGGAAAGUUGAACCAACACUGAUCCAGCAUGGGGUUGGUGGCAGACUUUGUAGCAUUCGCUGGUGGACAUGGACCUUAGACUUCCUGGUGCUGUAUUCGUUGGUGGACAUGAUUGGACGUGGAAAAAUCUUCAGAUCAAUCCCAACCGAACCAGUCCCAGCCUCAUGGCUUCCGACACACCAGGCUUCAUGGAGUGUCUGGAGAUGCCCAGUGCUGGACGGACACUGGGUUUGCGCAUCAGAAGGAGGGCUGUGGGGCUGUUUGCAUGGGCAACCCAGUGCAAGGCAGCAAUCCGACUGA